ACGACCUCACGCCAUUUCCGUUCCCACAAUUCGAAUUAGCUCCGUAACGAAAGCAAGCAAAGGGGAACGCACCCUUCGACUGUUUCCUCUUCAGGGCUUGUCUGCUCUCUGCUCUCCGAUGGACGCCGUCGACUCCGUUCAGAAGCUCUGUCACCGUUUGAUAUCAUCCGCUUUCCAGAGAUGCCGAGUUUCUGAACAACUCUGCAGGCUCUCAGUUGCGCUUAAUGGAUCUCGGCUCCGCGAUCCUGCCGUCACUCUCAUUUCAAUUUCGGAUACGGGCGUUGCCUGCUCAUUGGGAGAAUUUCAGGACUUAAAACUUCAAGGUGGAUUAAGUGAAAAGUUGGAUGGAAUGCUUUCUGUGAGAACUACUGGCAUCUGUGAUGAGGAGAUAUCUAAUCAUCAGUUAAAUCUAAUGGAAGGAAACUCUGCUCAUCGGCUGAAUCGACUUCCUUCAAUCUCGAAGAAUGGCAUGAGAUUCAGUGGGACUGAUGUCUGCUUAACUGUUGUGGAGAAAUCAGAAGUUAUUGUUGAUGAAAUCAGUCGCUUCUUCCAGAAGAUGCUCAUUCUAAACAUUCCUAGUAUAGGAUUUGAACUGCUGGUUCAUCACGAGGAUGCUUCUGGACCACAUUAUGAACGUGUUUUCCUCCCAAAUGAGUGGAAUGCUUUGCCCUUUUCAGCCUCCAAUUUAGAACGUCUAAAGUGUGGCUUUGAGGAUUAUCUCUUAAAGCAAAGAAACUGUGUAACUGGAAACUGUGAUUCUCGCUCGACCACUCUGGAGCAUCUAAAAUCUGGAACUGGUACCGAGGACAGCUCAGAAAGCUCAAAAAUUUCUGGAUUAGUGAUGGAAGCUGUAAUUACUAUUAGUGAAUUUUCAGAUCAGAUGAGUCCAUAUUUGAUGGAAUGUGGCCCUAGAACAGAGGUUCUCUACUUUAAGGAUUUCUCACCUUCUCCAGUCUCCAAGUCAUCUCUAAGCGGAUUGCUGAAAAUCGAUUGGAAAAGUUAUGGCUUGAAACUGGGAGGCAUUGUGGACCAAGGUAGCUGCCUCUUUCUGGAAUGGGAAAACUUGCCUCAGCAUGUUGGCAUUGAUGUGGUUUUCCACUGUUAUCAGAAGAAGAACUCCUAUCCACUUGUGAGGCAAAAGUCCUAUUCUAACCAAGCUCUUCUGAAGAAAGCGGCUAAACUUGCCUUGGAUGAUUUGAAGGAAAAACACAGGGGAUUUCUUCUGAGUGACCAUGCCCUCAAGAUUCGGAGCUAUGCUCCUGAUCUUGCGAAAACACUUGCCGGCUUGAUUCUUUCCUCAAAGGACUUGGAAUUCCAAGAAGAAUGCCUAUCUCUACUUGGCUUACCAACUGAGGAAGUUGGAUACAAAAAAGUCGAAGAAUGUAUCAAGGACAAGAUCGUUUCAGUGAUUGAGCAGAAUGAUCGGAACCCUGAGAGAUGCAAAGAUGCUGUGCCCACCCUGUUUGAGUACGAGUGUCCCCCCAAAGUGGACUUAGAGGAAGAACACGAAGAAGGUGAUGACUCAUCAGACACUUUCAGUCUAUUAAGGUAAGUUGGUCGUGAUUUUGCAUUAUACUGAGUGCAUACGGGACUGCACCUCCUUCCUCUCUUUUUUUUUUUUCCUUUUCUUUUUUAAGUAUAUAUUCUGCCCACUAAGAACUAAAUUUUGAAGAGGAAAAAUAAAGUAGGUGAUAAAAAACUCAGAUCUUUUUUUUUUCUUUUUUUUCCGAUGUAGACCUUCCAUCCACGUAGUUCUUAGAACUUUUUAGCCUAAGAUGGUAUCAGGCUGGACUAGUUAGGGUAGGCAGUGAAAACUUCGAUCUUUUUUGGUCAAAGAAGAUUGUGAAAACUAGAACUUAUAGGGUGGAUGUAUUAUUUCUAGGCGCAAAAGUUACCGAAUGAAAAGAAGUACAAAAAAGAAAAGAAUGCCAUGCGCAAUUUAGUAUAACAUGUUAUUGAUUCAAAUUGGGACCAUGCGUGAUAGCUUGUUGAGUCAGGCUAGAGUUUUUCUUUCGGAAGCUCGAUAUAUGUCCGGGCUUCAGAUGUAUAUUCAAGAGCACAAUAUUGUCUUAUGCUGUCAGUCCAUUAAAAAGAGAGCACAUGUGUGUCGAUCAAUUAUCAUAGAUAGAGUCUUAGUUGCUAAAAGUCUUGUUUGGUUUCAAAGUGUUUAACUUAAUUUUACUCAUAACAAAAUAAAAUAACUCAUACAAAACAAAAUAAUUCAUACAAAUUCAAAAAGUAAAUCUCAUUUAUACUACUCUUUUUCGAACGCAGCAUAAAUCUUUCCUUUUCUCCCCUUUAUUCUUGAUCUUAUGAUUCAAGUUCUUCGAAAAUACUGUAAAAUUCCAGAAUGGAUAUGGGGUAUCUCCAUUAGAUGCACUUAAAACGUUCGAGUUCAAGAAUGACUGAAGUAUCUCACCAGGAAAAAAAAAAAAAGA